AUGCGAAAUCUGGAACUGAUGUGAUAUCCAAGAUGAGUUACACAGAAGUUCUUGUUUUUGAAAACUGAGUGAAUCAGAAAUGGAGGGCCAAACCUGUUGGAAAGAAAUGAGUCCAUAUUUUUCUUCAGGAAUCUCACGGCAGGAUAUAGUAGGGGACAGAGACUAAUAGGUAUCAUUUAUUGAGCAAGUGUUGUGUACCAGACACUGUGCUAGAAACUUUACUUGUGUUAAUCUUGAACAAUCCUUCAAGUAAGGUAAUGUUAUUCCCAUUUUACAACUGUGAAGUUGAUGCUGAGUAAAAUGAAAUUUUUUGCCCAGUGCCAUACAGCUGCUGAACAGUAUGGCUGAGAUCUGAAUAGAGAUCUCUCUGACUCUAGAACAUACACUCAGUUGUCCUCCAAGUUGAUUUUCCAAGAUCCUCAGCUCACUGGUUUAGAUUCACCCAGUGUGCAGAAUCUGGAUUUGCAGGGGUGGGCCUAAGAAGCUGCAUUUUAAUCACAUAGUGUUUGAAAAAUCAUUGUACUGUAAUGUGCUGCCUCCUAUGGGAAGAUCUGAAGAUGACAUGUUCAGGGCUUUGAAGAGCUCCAGAUCCAGUUUACUACCAGUGAUUUCUAUGGGUGAUUUUUGAGAAUAGACAUCACAGUUUUAGUGAGCGUAAAUCUUCAGGUUUGGAAAAGCAUUUUGACCCAGAAAUCACCAACAUCUGCUCCAAUAUAGAGGGACAUAAGAAUUGCAUUCAAGUCAGCUUGGCCUGAAAGCAGGAAGUGGAAAGGGUUACAGACCAGUCCCAUUGAAGAAGAGCUGCUGUGUGUACCCACCAAUGUGAUUGAUUUCCUCGGGGAAGCAGAAGCAUCAAUCUCCAGAAAUGUCCUUGGAAAGUAAAGAGCAACAUGACCUUUCACCCAGGGACUCAUCUGAAGAAAAUGACCAGUACAGUCUUCAGUCUAGGAUCCAUCCAGAGCCUCAAGAAGAAUCAACUACCCACUUCAAGCAAUUCGGGGCCAGUGAUCAACAUAGACCUCAUUCUAGGAUCCAUAUUGAACCUCAAGAGCAAUUGCAUACUAAUAUCAAGCAGUUUGUCAUCAAAAAAUUACAGAAGAAUUGCCAGUGCAGCCCAACCAAAGCCAAAAAUACGAUUUUUGGUUUCCUUCCUGUUUUGCACUGGCUCCCCAAAUAUGAUCUGAAGAAAAACAUUUUGGGAGAUCUGAUGUCUGGCUUGAUUGUGGGCAUUUUAUUGGUGCCCCAGUCCAUUGCUUAUUCUCUGUUGGCUGGCCAGGAACCUGUUUAUGGUCUGUACACAUCCUUUUUUGCUAGCAUCAUUUAUUUCCUAUUAGGUACCUCCCGUCAUAUCUCUGUGGGCAUUUUUGGAGUACUGUGCCUUAUGAUUGGUGAGGUAGUUGACCGAGAACUACACAAAGCUGGCUAUGAGACUGUCCAUAUUGCUUCUGUAGGAAUGGAUUCAAAUGGUAGCGUACUAUUAAACCAGACAUUAGAUGGGAUAUGUGACAAAAGUUGCUAUGCAAUUAGAGUUGGCAGUACCGUAACCUUUAUGGCUGGAAUUUAUCAGGUAGCGAUGGGCUUCUUUCAAGUGGGCUUUGUUUCUGUCUACCUCUCAGAUGCCUUGCUGAGUGGAUUCGCCACCGGUGCUUCCUUCACUAUUCUUACAUCUCAGGUCAAGUAUCUCCUUGGGCUCAGCAUUCCUCGGAGUAAGGGUGUGGGCUCACUCAUCACUACUUGGAUACAUAUCUUCAGAAACAUCCAUAAGACCAAUCUCUGUGAUCUCAUCACCAGCCUUUUGUGCCUUUUGGUUCUUGUGCCAAGCAAAGAACUCAACGAGCGCUUCAAGUCCAAGCUUAAGGCACCAGUUCCUACUGAACUCAUUGUAGUCGUGGCAGCUACAUUAGCCUCUCAUUUCGGAAAACUAAAUGAGAAGUACAACUCCAGUAUUUCUGGGCAUAUUCCUACUGGGUUUAUGCUACCCAAAGCACCAGACUGGAAUCUAAUUCCUAGUGUAGCUGUCGAUGCAAUAGCUAUCUCAAUCAUUGGUUUUGCUAUCACUGUAUCACUUUCUGAGAUGUUUGCCAAGAAACAUGGCUACACAGUCAGAGCAAAUCAGGAAAUGUAUGCCAUUGGCUUUUGCAAUAUCAUUCCUUCCUUCUUCCACUGCUUUACUACUAGUGCAGCGCUUGCAAAGACGUUGGUUAAAGAAUCAACAGGCUGCCAAACUCAGCUUUCUAGUGUGGUGACAGCCCUAGUUCUUCUGUUGGUCCUCCUGGUAAUAGCUCCUUUAUUCUAUUCUCUUCAGAAAAGUGUCCUUGGUGUGAUCACUCUUGUAAAUCUCCGGGGAGCCCUACGUAAAUUUAGGGAUCUGCCCAAGAUGUGGAGGCUUAGCAGAGUGGAUACAGUUAUCUGGUUUGUUACUAUGCUAUCCUCUGCACUGAUAAGUACUGAAAUAGGUCUGCUUGUUGGGGUUUGUUUUUCUAUGUUUUGUGUCAUCCUCCGCACUCAGAAGCCAAAGGUUUCAUUGCUUGGUAUGGUGGAAGAGUCUGAAGUCUUUGAAUCCACAUCUGCUUAUAAGAACCUUCAGAUUAAGCCAGGCAUCAAGAUUUUCCGUUUUGUAGCCCCUCUCUACUAUAUUAACAAAGAAUAUUUUAAAUCUGCUUUAUACAAAAAAACUCUCAACCCCAUCUUAGUAAAGGCAGCUCAGAAGAAGGCAGAAAAGAGAAAGAUCAAAGAGGAAAUAGUGACUUUCAGCGGAACCCAGGAUAAAGUUUCAAUGCAUCUUUCCCGUGAUCAUGUGGAGCUUCAUACAAUAGUGAUUGACUGCAGUGCAAUACAAUAUUUAGAUACAGCAGGGAUCCAUACACUGAAGGAAGUUCGCAGAGAUUAUGACGCCAUUGGCAUCCAGGUUCUGCUGGCUCAGUGCAAUCCCUCUGUGAGGGAUUCCCUGGCUAGGGGAGAGUAUUGCAAAAAUGAAGAAGAAAACCUGUUCUAUAGUUUACACGAGGCAGUGGCUUUUGCAGUGGAAUCUCAAACUCAGAAAGGGAUAUGUGUUCCCAAUGAUGUGAACCUUGCCAGUGAUUGAGAAAGUGGGUGGAAGAAAGAAUAACAUCUAGCCAAUAGGUUAAAAUUUCUAGUGAGGAAUAUUUUUCACUUCCAUGGAAAAUGCUGCAUACUUGAAAUUUUAACCUAUUGGCUUGAUAUUAUUCUUCCUUUGAAGUUAAUGGCUUUUGUAUUUACAUACAUGUAGCAGAACUUAUAGCUAGACAGAAUCAAAGAAGAAAAUGCUGUGAUUUCAAGUUUUCUUGCAGAUAUCAGGUAUUCUUGCAAUGCAAUAAAUAUCUAUUGCAUUGAAUUGAAUUGAACUGUAAAGUGACACCAAAACUUAACUACCAUCCUGUUUUAGGGGAUAUGCGUUCUCCAGGGGGCAAAGGGGUCAACUUGAGAUUUGCAUUAAAAGUGCUGAAGUCUGUUUUGUAUGGCCCUGUGGAGAGGGAGGGGAAGGAAGCAGGGGAUAUGGUAUGCUUAUUCUUGUACCAGCAGGUCAGGGGGAUUCUGGAACACAAGGUUAUUCCUCGACAGCUUUGUUCUUAUUCUUCUCCAUCCCCCAGAUGGCAAUAGGAUCUCUGGCUUUUAGUAAGAAAGCACCAUGCCUCUCCUCAAGGCAGAGAAUCACUUUGUGACAUCCUGACACCCAGCCUGGCAUUACACAGAAUACUUCCUGUAAUAUAUUUGACUUUUUAAAGUCAUGCCUUUUUGUUUAGGGUAACUAGGUAAGCAAAGAACUCUUCAAACCCAACAAAAAUAAUGGGAGUUCUUUCUCUUAUCUCUGUCUCUGAGGAUUUCUCUGCCGUUACACUGUAUUUUAACUUUCAGUUGUCUAGUGUAUUUCCCAUGAUAUCUGUCCUAAACUGUGAUGUCUCAUUACUAGUGACAACCUUGCCCAUAAAAGGCAGAAUACUGACUCAGCAUCUCAGCAUCAUUUUAAAUGAGCUUGAGGCAAACUGUCGAGGAUACAUUGUGAAAAAGAAUGAUUGACAGUCUCCCUUAAGAACUGAUUUACCUAGCAGUGGAUAUUUUUUUUCCCAUGACAUUUCAGAAAGGGUCCACUGGGGAUUUACAGCCUUUCACAAACAGAAGCUACUGCUCAUCUUUACUUUGCAAGAAAAAUUCUUUGUAGCCAAUGGAAGAGAAUGCACAAAAGUGAUCGAGUGCCUCCCAAAAGGACAUCAAUAAUUAAUUUGUAGAUGUUUUAGUGAAAACAAAGCUGAUGCUUACUGCCAUGCUGCACCCUACUGAUGUACAAUAAAUAUUGAUGACAAUGACAACUUUUAACUCUUCGGAUCACCUAAAACCUUAUGCAAGAGGAUUUAGAAGUAUCACAUUCAUAAAGCCUACAUUAUAUGUGUGUACUAUUUAUGAUAGCUGACCACAGGUUGUGAAUUGAAGAACCGUUUCCUUUGAAAAGCAAGAAUAUCUAAUAUUGAAAGCUUCAAGUUCUGUAUCUGGAACUAGACAAGUGAGAAAAAAGCAGUUCUCCAAACUCAGGAAUAGGGGACUAAUUUAUGUGAGAUUGAACCAUUUAGUCAUGUCUUUUCAAACAAAAAAAAUAAAAAUUCCAAAAAUCCAAAAUCACUUAUUUAACCUGCUCCUAUUUCUAAGCAGUUUUAAAUAUUUAUGAGGCAAAUUUUAUGUGUAUUAAGUCUAUAUUAAAUGUAUACAGAUAAAUUGGCAAUUUAGCUUUCUGGCUCCUUAAACUGCUAGCAUUGCUUUUCUAUUGGUAGAGUUCUGCUCAUCUCUUUACUUGGAAUAAAUACCUUUCCAUUUUCACAUCAAAGUGGUUUCUUAGUAGAAAAACUGGAUUUCUGUCUUUCAAGUGAUUAACUUUGUAGUUAAAUGUAAUUGUGCCCUGAAUUUUGAUAUCCUUUAGAACUUUUAGGUCCAGAAUUUAAAAAACAUAAAUUGCUGGUACUUCUGUUUGUGUUUUUUGUGUUUCUAGCCAAUAUACUUUCUAUUAAGCCUUGUGAAUAGUAAAAUCACAGUAUCUUGGUCAGUUGUUUGUUUUUAAUCCCUCUUACCUCUCUUCCAAGCCAGGAUUGAAUUGAGACUAUUAUAGAUCUCAGAUGUCCUGUGAUAGGGUGUAAUGAGUACAUGUUUAAGGCAAUUCUAUAAUUUAACAAACACCAACAGCAAAAAAAAUUCAGUCAGUCCAGUAAAAAAAGAAUUUGGAAAAUCCCUUAUUAGGAUGAAGUAAUAUGAUUUCCCCUUUACCUCAUUUCUAUCCAUACAAGGAUAUAAACAAUUCUGAGCUUUAUGCGAUUAGCAAAUUCUUAAAUUGUGUUCAGGUUUGUAACACUCCCAUCCAAACAAACAAGAUUUUGCUUUUAGUAGUUCAUUAAUAGCUAUUUGUGAAAACAUUUAAGAUCUCACUAGAAUUUACAUUUCAUACUCUCUUCUUGAGUGAAGAUCUUUCUAGACUUAUAUGUUGAUAAAAUUUUUUGACUGCUGGUAUUGAAGCAGUCAAACCUGGAACCAAAGUCUAAUUCACCAACAAAAACUAAAGUUUGCAUUUGCUUUCUUGCUCAAGGGUUUGGACUUUAGUUCUUUUAAGUGGUAUUUUGUGCACUAUAUUGUUAUUUUAAAUAUCUUGCUUACUCUAAAUGAAGCAUUUUCUUCUUGUUUAUUGACAAAUAUACAAGAUUCUGGAUAUCUUAAAACAUUUGUCGUUUAAUUGAAAUAUAGUCUAUACACUCAUGAUGUGUAAAACUCCUCAACAAGGUGAUUUAUUUAUUUUUAAAUUUUUUACAACCAGAGGGAUGGAGUGUACCAAUGUACAAAUAGACUAAGGUCAACAUUUUAGAGAGGGAUGAAGGAAAUAGACCAUUGAAAUGACUGUAUCUGACCCUUAGAGCUGGAGAAGAGGGACCCAGUUGAAUAGGAUCCAAUCAUUUGUUAACUCCACCACAGUAGGAAGACUGGGAUUAGGAGCUGUUGGGAAGCAAGGUCAGAACUGGAUUCUGUUUCUGGAAAGGGAGUGUCACAGAUUCAUCAAAACUGAGAGAGCUGAGGAGCACACGGUAGCCAGGGUUGUGGCAAAAGCCCAGGUUGAUCUACUGAGCACUGUGUAUUUCAUCUAAACUGAAUGACUAUGGUACUUAUUAUUUGUGCCUCUGAUGGUAAUAAAACUGGCAGGUUUCUGGUUGAUAAUGGCUUUU